AUGUCCCUUGGUCUUCCACCGGUGUCGGCAGGUCUCAAGUCUAUAGCGCCGUACCUCCAACGUGCUGAGGAACUGGUCAAUCAACAACCAGUUGUGGCAUACUGGUGCGCGUACUAUGCAGCACAACUUGGCAUCAAUUUGAAAGCAAAGGAUGCUGCUUCACGUACACUGCUUCUAAAUCUCCUGAACGCACUCGAGCGUUUGAAAACAGAGAUCGGUCCCAGUGACACUAUAGAUAGCGAGCCUGCGAGCGCAGCGUUCGUCGAGAACUUUGCCCUAAAGAUCUUCCGCAUCGCCGAUGAUGAAGAUCGCGAAGGUCAUGCAACAAGAUCAACUGCGAAGAAGUUUCUUGCCGCAGCAAAUUUCUUCGAGGUCUUGAAAGUAUUUCCAACGACGGAUAUCUCCGAUACAAUAGAUGGCAAGAUUAAAUAUGCUAAAUGGAAGGCAGCUGAUAUUGCAAAGGCAUAUCGGGAGGGUAGGAAGCCCACACCAGGUCCUGCCGGGUCUCAGUUUGACCUAGAACCCCUCCCUGCUACUUCUGGUGCUUCGGAGCUACCUUCGCGAGUUGAAGAUCCCCAGACCUCCUCUUCAGCAACGAGCCAAUCCCCCACAUUGCCUCAAACGUCGCAUUAUCGACAGACACCAUCUCCAAGGAUGAGUCCAGAUGAUAUCACUCGUGCCAAUCGCUUGCAUUCCCCUCGCCAUGACGAUGAAUCGCUGAGCCCCGGGUGUUGGAGUACGACGGCAACUCCAGGAUUUGACCUUGCUCAGGAUAACAGCAGUGUCAGUUUGGACCAGGCAAACAACUGGCACGAAACCCCUCUCAAUGGCAGAGGGAGUCAACUUCGUAAAGCCUGGAUUAGCACCGACGUGGAGGGCACGACUAGCGAUGAAGAGCUAGUCCGAGAUCCGUUGCUUAACGGAUCAUCGCCUAGUCAGGUUCCGUUCUUGCCAUUUGCUAGCGAGUCUCGGCCGUCCGUAUUCGAGUCCUCAUCCCCACCCAAAGAGCGACCUGUUAUAUAUGCACCGACAACCAGAGAUCAUGUUUCCCCCACUCCUCCGCAUCCUUCCUUCCUUCCUUCAAUCUCUCCACCGAGAGGCUCGCCACCGCGAACCCGUGUUCGCGGUCCUUCAAUAUCGUCUCAAGAACUUCCGCUUGGAUUUGUACCCUCAAGUCCAGUACCUCCGCCCAUGAUUCCUCCCCCGCCAAUGCCCACAAUAUUUGCACCUUCUUCACCUCCUCGCAUGGUGCCUCCGCCUCCAGUUCCCGCCCCUUUACCACUGAAUAAUUUCCAACUUACACCCACUAUCAUUGCCAAAGCACAGAAGCACUGUCGCUUUGCUAUUUCCUCGCUUGAUUACGAGGAUGCUGAACAAGCGAGAAAGGAACUCAGGGCUGCGCUGGCUCUCCUCGGAGGUUGA